AUGGCGCCGCAAUUCGAUAUUUCACCGGAGCAGCGAGCCACCCAGCUUGCAUUCAUCCAACGCCAGCUAUUCCGUGUGCCCCCAACAUGGACCAAGAAAGAUGUCGAUCUAAGGGGCAAGGCUGCCAUCAUUACCGGAUCCAAUACCGGCCUUGGGUUUGAGUGUGCUGGCCAGCUCCUCGAUCUUGGUCUUAGCAAGCUCAUUAUAGCCGUGCGCAGCGAAGCUAAAGGCGAAGAAGCAAAAAAGUUGCUUCUAGCGGGCCGAGACCCAAACAAGCUACCAAUCAUUCAAGUGUGGAAGCUCGAUUUGUCGAGCUAUGAUUCCAUCACGGCCUUUGCAGAACGCGCCAAGUCUCUGGAGCGGCUGGACAUCACCAUCAACAAUGCAGGUCUGAUGAAGAAGACUUUUGAGAAAAACUCUUCUACUGGCCAUGAAGAGACUUUCCAAGUAAAUUACCUUGGUCAAGCUCUCUUCACUUUAUUGCUACUUCCAGUGAUAAAAGAGAAAAACGCUCCUGAACAGCCCGGCCGCCUCGUCUUAGUAUCUUCUGAUACAGCCGCAUGGGCCGAGUUCAAAGGAAAGAAUUCCGAUCCGCUGUUUGCCGGGUUAGACAACCCUCAGUUAUUUGAUAGCAGAGAUCAAUAUUCCACCUCAAAGUUAUUGGGCCAGCUGUUUCUUACGGAAUUGGUCAAGCGCGUACCACCUUCAGUCGCCAUAAUAAACGCCCCGAACCCAGGCCUAUGCAAGUCAAGCCUGGUUCGUGAUUAUGCCAACGUUUUUGAAAGGGCGUUUGUUUUCGUAUUCAAGCUCUUACUUGGACGAGAUGGCUCUGUGGGCGCUCGUGCGUUUACUGAUGCGGCCGUGAAGCAAGGCACAGAAUCUCAUGGACAGUAUCUCGAAGACGGAAAGGUACAGCCAAUGGCACCUUUUGUAUAUGGACUGGAAGGAGAAAGGCUUGCGCAGAAGCUUUGGGAGGAGACUAUGGAUGAAUUUGCUUUUGCAAAAGUGGCUGAUAUCGUUCAUUCAUUGAGUAGAUGA